CGAAACUGUUUCAAAAUAGUGCUUUCUUGCGAUGAACCCGUGACGUCACAUCGAAAUUGGUUCAAACAGUUUGGAACCAGGAUCUCAUCUUGAUUUCGAAAUGGACGCAUGCGUUCUCUCGUUUGUUUAUGACGUUUCAUUUAAUAAUUGUUGGGUUAUGUUAUGUUGUUUAUUUCGUCCGAGAUUAAUAAUGGAAACCUUUAAUCACUUUGUAUUUAAAGGUUUUUUAUGUAACAGUAAUGGCACGUUAAUAAGAAAUGAUAAAGAUGAAAUUCUUUGCGAAAUAAUAGAAAGCAAUGGAACUACCAGUUCAGCCUUUGUGUCGAGCACCAUACUUAAUGAUUGCGGCUUGAUGGCAGAAGGAACAGCUACUAAAAUAUCUGAGCUUGGGAAAAAUGUCUCGUGGGAUGCAGCCACCUCAACGGCAACAACCACAGCCAUGUCUACAGCACCUCCAAUGACUUCCUCAUAUAUUCCAAUUGCAGAUAGGUCACAAACUUGUGAACUGUGGAAAACUUCUAAGACACAAUCACAAAAGGAUCAUGACGCUACUUUGGUUCUUUUAGAUCUACGGAAACAAUUUGAUAAAGAUUUUAUGGAUAAAAAGAAUGGAAAAAAUGUUAUAUGGCAUAAAAUUGCGGACCACAUGAAUAGUAUGGGAUAUUACGUAGGCAAAGGCACAGAUGGCCGUGAAAAAGUGCGACAAAAAUUUGCUAAUUUGCAAACGUCAUAUUUGAAAUUUAUUCAAAAACGAAAAUUAACUGGUGAGGGAGCUGUGGAUACACCACCAUAUUAUACUGAAAUGAAUGAAAUUUUGGGUGACAAACAUAAAAUUUGUCCACCUGUAGUUGUAGAUUCAGAAAUAUUGACUGACAAUGAAAAAAGUGACAAGGAAAAUAAAAGUGAAGAAACACCAUGUAGUACAAAAAAACAAAAAGCAAAGAUGCCCCAUACUGUGAGCGACAGAGAAAGUUGUGAAUCUUCAACACCUACAACCUCGAACAGGUUUAUGGAAAUUAAGAAAAGUUGCCGUCCCCAAAAGGAGCGAGUGGUUGACGUCAUAAAAAACAUCCACAAAGAAAAUUUGGAACAACGCAAGGAGGAAUUUAUUACAUUGGUUGAAUUAUUAAGAGAAGAAAGCAGGCAACGUCAUGCUCAGGUGAUGGCUUUACUUAAUAAAAAAAAGCGUUCUGGUGAGAAAAGCAAGAGAGAUACCGACAGUGAAAGUGAUUAGAAAGAUUAAAAUAAUAUACAGUGUGUCCCGUAAGUAUGUGUACAUAGAGUAACAGGUGAUAGACAUGAAAAUAAUGCAAUCUGGUCAAAUUUAUCUUUGUCCAAAAGUUGAUAAUAACCGAGUUUGGCUAGAUCGCAUUACUUUGACGUCGUAAAUCACAUGUAUAUGAGCAUGUACUUACGGGACACCCUGUAUUCUGUGCAAUUAAAACACUAGAUAUAUUUUUUGUUAAAAAAUGGAAGGUAUUUAGUUUGUAGUCCUAAGUAAUAAAAACGUGGUUCCUGAA